CUUAAAGGAGAACAAGACAACAGCAAAGCAGUUUAACUGUACUGUUGUAGCUGAAAACAUUUCAUAUCAUACAAAGAAACAGUAGCUUCCACAAUGGAUCGGGACAAAGCUAGUCCGUCCCCCUCCACACUCCAGGAGUCCCCAGGUCCACCGCCUCUCCGUACUUUACUGCUGGUUCUGGUCGACUGUAGGAAAACACCGGGGCCGAGUGGAACUGAGAGACGAGAAGGAGAAGAGGAAGAUGGAGAUAUGAUUUCAUUAAGUAAGAACCAUGGGGACAUCCCUAAUCAUUGUUUUCUUAGUGGGAAGGGCUUAUCAUCUGAGGAGCCUCAACAACAUGAUGCUGACAAGAAAGAGAAGAGUCUCUCCAGAUCAGAACACCUCAAGAAACACCAGCAUAGAGGUAUAGGGAAGAAACUUCACUGCUGCUCUGACUGUUGGAAACAUUUUGCUAAACAAGACUUGACUAUUCAUGAGCAAAUUCACACCGGAGAGAAACCGUUCCACUGCUCUCAGUGUGGGAAGAGUUUCGCUGCAUCUAAAACUUUAAAAUCGCAUCAGAUAAUUCAUACAGGGGAGAGGCCUUACCCCUACUUUGAUUGUGAGAAAUGCUUCAAACAAUCAGGAGCCCAGACUACACACAAACACACAGGAGAGAAGCCUUAUAGCUGUGAUCAGUGUGGGAAGAGCUUCAAUCAAUCAGGAGCCCUGACUAGACACCAACGCAUACACACAGGAGAGAAGCCUUAUAGCUGUGAUCAGUGUGGGAAGAGUUUUACUCGAGAUUACACCCUGACUGUACACCAGCGCAUACACACAGGAGAGAAACCUUAUAGCUGUGAUCAGUGUGGGAAGAGCUUUAAUCACUCAGGAGACCUGACUAUACACCAACGCAUACACACAGGAGAGAAACCUUAUAGCUGUGAUCAGUGUGGGAAGAGUUUUAAUCAAUUAGGACACCUGACUAGACACCAACGCAUACACACAGGAGAGAAGCCUUAUAGUUGUGAUCAGUGUGGGAAGAGCUUCAAUCAAUCAGGAGACCUAACUGCACACCAGCGCAUACACACAGGGGAGAAGCCUUAUAGCUGUGAUCAGUGUGAAAAGAGCUUCAAUCGUUCAGGGAACCUGACGACACACCAACGUAUACACACAGGGGAGAAGCCAUAUAACUGUGAUCAGUGUGGGAAGAGUUUCAAUCAAUUAGGACAACUGAUUAUACACCAACGCAUACACACAGGAGAGAAGCCUUAUAGCUGUAACCUGUGUGAGAAGAGCUUCAAUCACUCAGGAGUCCUGACUAGACACCAACGCAUACACACAGGAGAGAAGCCUUAUAGCUGUGAUCAGUGUGGGAAGAGCUUCAAUCAUUCAGGUACCCUGAGUGAACACCAACGCUUACACACAGGAGAGAAGCCUUAUAGCUGUGAUCAGUGUGGGAAGAGCUUCAAUCACUCAGGACACCUGACUAUACACACACGCAUACACACGGGAAAGAAGCCUUAUAGCUGUGAUCUGUGUGGGAAGAGCUUCAGUCAAUCCGGAGACCUAACAGCACACCAGCGCAUACACACAGGAGAGAAGCCUUAUAGCUGUGAUCAGUGUGGGAAGAGCUUCAAUCAAUCAGUACACCUGACUACACACCAGCGCAUACACACAGGAGAGAAGCCUUAUAGCUGUGAUCAGUGUGAGAAGAGUUUCAGGACAUCAGAUCACCUGAUUAAACACCAACGCAUACAUACAGGAGAGAAACCUUAUGGCUGUGAUCAGUGUGGGAAGAGUUUCAAUCAAUCAGGACACCUGACUACACACCAGCACACACACUGGAGAGAAACCUUUUUCCUGUCUAUGUGGAAAUAGCUUUGCUCAUUCAGGGUCACUGAAAAAACACCAUAAAGCACAAACAUGUCAUCUUUUAUCUCCCUCUCUGGCACCGGUUCCAGAUUCCUAAAUACAUUUUCAAUAGAAAACAUAUUGUAAAGAGUUAUCCAUCUUCCAUUCUCUAACAGUUUACUAAGUCUGAUUACCAUGGUAACCAGUGUCGCAUAAUAUGCAGCUCUAGAUCCAUAUGUAUCAAGCGUCUUGGAGUAGGAGUUCUGUAUCUUAUUUCAUUACCUCCUAUUAUCCUUUAAGUAAUAAUAGAAUAAUGUUUCAACAAUACUAGGUGUGUAUUCAUGUAUUUAGUAGAUCAAUAAAUUAAAUCCAUUAUCUGCUCAACCA